CUGCGAUCUGUCAGGUGGUGGGAGCUGCAGGCGGGACUCGGGAGGCCCAGGAACCAGAAAUGGUCCCAGUGGCCUUUGAGGAUGUGGCUGUGAACUUCAGUUUGAAGGAGUGGGCCCUAUUGGAGCCUUCACAGAAGAAACUCUACAGAGAUGUGAUGAGGGAAACCUUUAGGAACCUGGCCUCCAUAGGUAAGGAUGAGGACGUUUCUUCAAUUGUCAAGUAGAGAACAAGUGUUUCUUGUUCAUCAGCAUAAUUCCAUGAUGUGUAAUGUAUAAGGGAGCAUGGGGGAAAAUGGAAAGAUCUGUACUUUGAAGAUCCGUUCAAAAACCUGGGAAGAAAACUAAGAAGUUAUAUGGCAGAGAAACUCGGUGAAAGUAAAGAGAAUAGUGAAUGUGAAGAAAACUUCAACUUUACUUCAAAUUUUAAUCAAAAGAAGAAGAAGAAGAAGACUACUGGAGUAAAACCAUAUGAGCACAGUCCAUGUGGAAAAGCCUUUAUGUGUCAUUCAUCCAUUGAUAGACUUACUAGAUGUCACACUGGACAAUAUGAGUACCUGAAAUACGGAGAGAAGCCAUAUAAAUGUAAGGUAUGUGGGAGAGCCUUUAGUUAUCUACAGUGCUUUGAACAACAUGAAAGAAAUCACAAUGGAGAGAAAACCUGUAAAUGUAAGGCAUGUGGGAGAGUCUUCGUGUGCUUCAAAGCCCUUCGAAAACACAUGAUAACACACACUACAGACUCUUCUUAUAAAUGUAAGGAACGUGGAAGAGUCUUCAGUUGUUCAAAUUCAUUUCUAUUACGUGAAAGAAUGCACACAGGAGAGAAACCCUGUGAGCGUGAACAAAGUGGGAAAGCUUUCAGUAUUUCUAGCUCUCUUCAAAUGCAUGAAAUAACUCACAGUGGACAGAAACCCUAUGAAUGUAAGGAAUGUAGAAAAGCCUUCAGAUAUUAUCAGAGUUUUCAGACACAUAAAAGAAAUCACACUGGAGAGAAACCCUAUGAAUGUAAAAAAUGUAGUAAAGCAUUUAGAUGUCUCAGUUAUCUUCAGAUACAUGAAAGAAAUCACACAGGAAAGAAACCCUAUGGAUGUAAAGUAUGUAGUAAAGCAUUCAUAUAUUCCAGUUAUCUUCAAAGACAUGAAAGAACUCACACUGGAGAGAAACCCUAGGAAUGUAAGGAAUAUGGAAAAGCCUUCAGUUAUCACACAAGCUUUCGAAGACACCUGGCAAUGCACACAGGAGAGAAACCAUAUAAAAGUGUAGAAUGUGAGAAAAGCCUCAGUUAUCCCAGUUCCUUUCAAACACAUGAAGGGACUCGCUGGAUAAAAGCUCUGGAAUGUAAACAGCAUGGAAAAGACUUGAAUUGGCCCUCAUCCUUACAUGUGAAAAUUCCCUUGGAGAGAAAUAAACAUGUAAGUAACAUGAGAAAGCUUGAUAGAAGUUAAUCCACGUAUAAGGUGCCAGAAAACUUUCAACAUGAAGAAUUUUUUCUUGAGGUUGUAAAUACAUUGUAUUUAUUAAACCUCUUUUUGAAGUGCAUUAUUGGACCUUGGAUUUCUACUAAUUGCUUUCAGCAAUGAAUACUCAGGUGAGAUAAUUCUAAGAGUUGUCGUUCAACAAUAGUACAUAAGAUUAAUAGUGCUUUUCCCUUAAGCCCUAGCCAGUUUGGCUCAGUGGAUAGAGCGUCAGCCUGUGGUCUGAAGGGACCCGGGUUUGAUUCCGGUCAUGGGCACAUGCCCAGGUUGUGGGCUCGGUCCCCAGUGAUUCUCUUUCAUCACUGAUGUUUCUAUCUCUCCCUCUUCCUUCCUCUCUGAAAUCAAUAAAAAAUAUAUAUUAAAAAAGUAGUACUAUUCCCUUAAAAUGUUUAAUAUUUUUCUUCACGUUGAAGUCUUUUAGAUCCAUAGAUAUUUGAAGUAUAUUUCUUAUAUGCAGUUAGGUUAAUUUUUUGUUUACAAUGUUUCAUUGUUCCGUGUUAAGGAGCCAUUUUAAAAAGAACAGUUUGCUAAAUUUUUUUAACAGUUUGCUAAUUUGAUUUUCUUAGUGGUCUUGUGGCAAUCCUUUAUAUUCCUAGAUUAUUAUUAUAUAAAUUCUAUUUUCCCUCAGACAAAGCUCCUUUUUGGAGGGGAUGGGUAUAAGGGCCUUUCCCAUUUUUAUACUAAUAAAUAUUUAGAAUAAAUUUUAUGUAUCACAAUUUUAUUAAAUAAAGUGGUUUUAUGUGAAUACUA